GUCAAGCUUUGAUUCUCACUUUGCUGAGGGUUGCACCAUAGUUGCUCCCUGCUACGGUUACGUGGUAUAAAACUCAUUGAUCCUUUACAUCCUUCUUAGUCAUAUGUCUAUUACCUUCUUGCCAUGAACGAGACGAAAAUCAAUUCGCGCCCAAGACCUGAUAACGCGGCCUGGCACCAAACCGGAAGGGAAAAUGUCAAACAAUGAUGACAUCCAGUGGCUCGAGAGCUAUCUGCGCUAUGGCUAUGACCCCGAAGCGCAGAGGUUCGAGGACAACAAUAUGGCUUAUUUUCAGGCAAAUUCCUAUUUUGCCUUGCCCCCACCAUCUCAAAUGUCCCACCCUUCUCCAGGGACGAGUCACGCUCGAUUUCAACCACCAUACCCACAAAGCCGCCCUUCAGCUGAAAGGACCAAUGUAAGGCCUAGUGGUGCUACUUCCUCGUCGGUGCCUGCGCAAUUUCCAUCCCGUUCUCGCCCAUCGCAGGGACCGCCGCGUUAUGCUCCUCCCUCGACCAGCGCGUCAUCACCCGUAUCACAGACGCAAAGCUCGCAGCCUCGAUACGCUCCUGUCCAAGGCCCUGGUACAUACCAAAAUCUAGCGCAACAAGCCCUAUAUCAUACGCCGCGGGCACCGUCCCCGCAAUCUCAACGGCCAACUCACUCCUAUCCACCAAGCACAGCAGCAACAGUUCCCCCGCCAUCGAAGACAGCUUCAGCUCAGCCUCAGAACACAGGGUCUCCGCAGUUGCUCAACCCUACACCAACCCAGCCACAUAACGUUGCGCCUCCUCGUGCCCCUCAGUCGGGCUUUCAAAGAAAUUGGACAACGGCCCCCGAAGAGAAUAGGGCCGUCUCGUCUUCUGCACCCCAGAGCGCGCCCCCGCCGACCUCGAAAACGGUCGCUCCUGAGUCGCUAAAGGUGGCUCAUUAUCAGACGCCUCAAUCGAUGCCCUCCCCUGUGGCCUACCCUGCUCCUUCACAAACUCCACCUACAACACAGCCUACAACACAACCUACGACACAGAAUACAGGCGGACCCAACCAAGCCGCUCCCGUCGCGCGGUACUCGACACCCUCCCAGAGCAUACCGCAGAUGGCACAAUUCGGAAAUAGACCGGCCUUUGAUUCCGUACCUGGUUCAGUGCCCGGCCCAGUCCCUCAGCAGGUCAUCCCACAAAAUCAUAGAACCAGUGGAUCCGCAGAUCAGGAGUCGGGACCUGAUGCUAAAAGACGUCGCGUCGCCGCUCCGAAGACGCCAAAGCAACCGGUGUUAUUCGCAUCCACAAAUGCUGGCCUCCCUUCAAUCCCGGCUGGUGGCUUGUCUGUAUACAGCUAUAACCCCACUAACAGUGGCGGGCCUAAGCCGAAAGACUAUAUCAAGCACCGCGCUGACAUCGUCAAGUCACUAAAAGAAGAUGAUGCCGCUCGGAAGCUGUCCUAUGACCCCAAAACCAUUGCGAGAGAUGUUUUGAUUGCAUCCGGCCGUCAUCCGACUGAAGAAGCAUUGAACCAUCACCUCUUUCGUUUACGUGAUGUCUUCACCCAUGUAGAGAACGGGUCAGAUCUGUCGACAUUUCGAUGGGAUUUGGUAGACUCGGUGGAUGCACGUGACCAGAGACCCAUGGAUGCUGCCCAUCCACCGCCCAGUCAACAACAGUCUGCGCCGCGUCCCGCGCCGCGUCCACCGCAAUCGAUUCCUCCCCCAAAUCUGCCGUCACCCGCCGUGCCGACAGCGUUUGGGCACGUUCAACAGCCAUUACAACACACGCCGCAGGUGCAGCUGCCACAACCGACAUCUACCUCCCAAUCGCCUUUUCAAAUCUCGAAGCCGCAGGUUCAGCUUCCCGCACAGGCUGGAGUUCCUCCCUUGCAGCAGCCCUAUACACCACCAUCGGCGCAGCCGCAGCCGCAGCCACGAUCUCAAACAAAGACACCAUCUGUGCAGACAAACACCAUGGUGGGCAAGCGGGGACCUGGGCGUCCACCUGGGAGCGUCAACAAGGCUCAAAAACCAGUAAUGUCCAUCCAACAAGUGGAAUACCAGGUUUUCUGCUGCCAGUGGCAAUCGUGUCGUGCCGAACUUCAUAAUCUGGAAGGGCUCAAAAAGCACAUUUUCAAGGUUCAUGUUUCGCAAACGCUGACCUGCGGCUGGAAGGGGUGUACGCAAGAGGAGCCCAUGCCUGCUUCGCAACUGUUCAAACAUGUGAAGAAGGAUCAUCUGGACUCUAUCGCGUGGAGGCUAGGUGAUGGACCAUCUGUGCCAAGACCUGGUGAGAAAGCAUCUGGAUGAUUGCAUUUCCACAUCACGCGUGACUUCUAGUAUUUUGGGAGCAGCUGUUAAUAUUUGACAUUGCUUGUACUAUAUAAUAGGUGACACAACUAGCGAAACAGAGACAUCUACGAUUCCCCAGACCGGUCGACCUGGCAUGGAUGACAUGCUCAUCUUUCCGGCGAGUGGUUCGUCAAUCAGGGCGUACCACAAGGUGCACAGCAACAAUACCCAGCAACAGAAAGCUCAAGAGAUGCUCAAGGCUGUGCAGCG